AUGUCUGGUCGUGGGAAGAAAGCUGCACCAAAGCCAAAAUCCGCAGUUUCCCGGUCUUCCAGGGCAGGGCUCACUUUCCCAGUUGGCCGCAUCCACAGGCUCCUCAAGAAAGGUCACUAUGCUCAGCGAGUUGGCACUGGUGCUGCAGUGUACCUUGCAUCUAUCCUGGAGUACCUCUGUGCUGAGAUACUGGAGCUGGCUGGGAAUGCCAGCCGUGACAACAAAAAACAACGUAUUGCUCCUCGCCACAUCUUGUUGGCAGUGAAAAAUGACGAGGAGCUCAACAAACUGCUGGCAGGGGUCACUAUCUCAGAGGGUGGUGUCAUCCCAAAUAUCCAGGCAAGCCUUCUCCCCAAGAGGACCAAGGCACCCAAGGAUGAUAGUUUGUCAGAAAAGGAUGUCCAAUCUCAAGAGUUUUAA